CGGCUCAACAUGGAACCCGUGAUUAAACGUCAACGCAUAGUGCUGCGCUGUUUUCCUUCUUAGAAUUUGUUUUUACAAAUGACACAGAACAAUGACGCGCUCGAAGAUCCAGAUGAUAAAAUUUUUCAUAUUUCUGUUGAUCUUCCUACUAGGACAGAGCGCAGUAUGCAAUGGAAGUUUUAGGAUACACAGGACUGUACCUGAAUCAACAUCGGUAGACAAAAGUGUUGAUGAAACCGCGAAAAAAGUUAGCGCAUAUGUUUCAUUAGAUGGACAAAAAACUCAACAACAAAAUACAAUAUUAACUGGCGGCAUAACGAUUCUUGAGGGUAAUAAAACGGUGGACAAUGUAACCUCAAAGCAGAUAGAUGUUAAUAAAACUGCACAUAACACUGAAAUACGGAAGGAGCAUGUUGGUGAAGGACAUGCAACUUCUUUAAAUGCUGGAGCUCUGAAGCGUGGUUUUUUUGUGUUUGUGGGGCUAAGUGUUUUUGUCAUGGGCUAUUUCGUGUUUCGUAGCUUUAGUUUAAAUAAAACACGUACCCAAAUGGUCAGAAAGUAUGGUGUUCUGGCACACAGACAAGAUGUUGAGAUGCGACCAUUGCCAUUAGAUGAAGAGGAUGAUGAAGAUACCACUGUUUUUGAUGCUAGUAAUGUUUUAACAAAUAAUGUUCAGCAUCAAAAUUUAUGAAGAUAAUCAGCAUAGGAUAUGCUGAUUAUGUAUUCACAUAAAUUUUGAUUUAUGUGAAAAACUUGUCCUAAAUGUGAUGGUAUUUAAAAGUCAAAGCAUCCAUCACAAAGA